GCGGGCAGCUCGCGCGCACCUGCCUGGGAUCCGCUGCCUGUGGUGCUUCGGCCGCCCUGGCCCAGCGAGUAGAGGGUCCCGCCAGGCUUGGGCUGCGGGCCCACCGGCCGGGGAUGGCGUCGCAGCUGCGCUGACUGCGUUUCUCCUUGGACCAAGAUGACUGAUGGAAACCUUUCCACUUCCACAAAUGGCAUAGCCUUGAUGGACAUUCUGGAUGCUCAUCAGGGAAAACCCCUUCAGAACCUGCAGCAAGUGAAUGCCAAGGGGUCCAGAUCCCUCUCAACACCUGAGUACGGGCCCAAGUUGAAACUUGGUGCUUCAGAAGACCGGCACAGCCUUCAGUCAGUGGACUCUGGCAUUCCUACCUUGGAGGUUGGCAACCCAGAACCUGUCCCCUGUAGUGUGGCCCUUGUGAAGAGGAAGCAGUUGGAGUCAGAGCUUGUCCCUGAGCGGGCCUUCCAGAGUGCAUGCCCGCUACCAUCCUGCACACCUCUGGUUCCCACCAGUGCAGAGCGUGAGCAGACUGUGCGGAAGUCCUCCACAUUUCCCAGGACAGGCUAUGACUCAGUGAAGCUCUAUAGUCCCACCUCCAAAACCCUGAACCGUAGUGAUGAUGUCUCCAUCUGUAGUGUGUCUAGUCUUGGCACAGAACUGUCCACUACGCUGUCUGUCAGCAAUGAGGACAUCUUGGACCUCAUGGUCACGAGCAGCUCCAGUGCCAUUGUGACCCUGGAGAAUGACGAUGACCCACAGUUUACUGAUGUCACCCUGAGCUCCAUCAAGGAGAGCAGUGACCUGCACCAGCAGGGCUGGGCUGAUGGAACCGAGGAGGGGAGUAAACUGAGGAUACUGGCACCAUUUAGUAGCUUCUUUACAAGGAAUUUGCUUGCUAGAAAACAAAAUGCACGACUUGACAAACAAAAUGACUCGGGAUGGAAGUUAUUUGGAAAAGUGCCACUCCGAGAGAAUGCUCAGAGAGAGCCAAAGAAAAUGCAAAAGGAAUAUGAAGACAAAGCUGGAAGACCUAGCAGGCCACCCUCUCCAAGGCAGAAUGUGAGGAAGAAUCUUGAUUUUGAGCCACUUUCUACCACUGCACUCAUCCUUGAAGACAGACCAGCAAACCUCCCAGCAAAACCUGCUGAAGAAGCCCAGAAGCACAGGCAGCAGUAUGAAGAAAUGGUGGUACAGGCCAAGAAGCGAGAGCUUAAGGAAGCCCAGCGGAGGAAAAAGCAGCUGGAGGAAAGAUGCAAAGUAGAAGAAAGCAUUGGAAACGCCGUCCUCACCUGGAAUAACGAGAUCUUGCCCAACUGGGAAACCAUGUGGUGCUCUAGGAAAGUUCGAGAUCUGUGGUGGCAGGGAAUCCCUCCGAGCGUGAGGGGCAAAGUCUGGAGCUUAGCCAUCGGCAACGAGUUGAACAUUACCCACGAGCUCUUUGACAUCUGUCUUGCCCGGGCCAAGGAGCGGUGGCGGUCUCUCAGCUCAGGAGGCUCAGACGUGGAGAGUGAAGAUGCUGGGUUUUCAGCCGCUGACAAAGAGGCCAGUCUGGAGCUUAUUAAACUGGACAUUUCUAGAACGUUUCCUAAUCUCUGCAUUUUCCAGCAAGGUGGCCCGUAUCAUGACAUGUUGCACAGUAUUUUGGGCGCUUAUACUUGUUACCGACCGGAUGUGGGCUAUGUUCAGGGCAUGUCCUUCAUAGCGGCAGUGUUGAUCUUGAACCUCGACACUGCAGAUGCCUUUAUUGCUUUUUCUAAUCUCUUGAAUAAACCCUGUCAGAUGGCGUUUUUCCGAGUGGACCAUGGCCUUAUGUUGACUUAUUUCGCUGCAUUUGAGGUAUUCUUUGAAGAAAAUUUGCCGAAAUUAUUUGCUCAUUUCAAGAAAAACAACUUAACUCCAGACAUCUACCUAAUAGAUUGGAUCUUCACCUUGUACAGUAAGUCUCUGCCCCUGGACUUGGCCUGCCGCAUCUGGGACGUGUUCUGUCGGGAUGGGGAGGAGUUCCUCUUCCGAACGGCCCUGGGCAUCCUGAAGCUGUUUGAGGACAUCCUGACUAGGAUGGACUUCAUCCACAGUGCCCAGUUCCUGACCAGGCUGCCCGAGGACCUACCAGCAGAUGAGGUGUUCGCGGCCAUUGCUACAGUCCAGAUGCAAAGUCGGAACAAGAAGUGGGCACAGGUGCUGGCUGCGCUGCAAAAAGACAGCCGGGAAAUGGAGAAAGGAAGCCCGUCCCUCAGACACUGAGGCUGCAGAUGUGACCCCCACUGGCACUGAGGCAGGUCUCAGGCGGCACCUGUGUGCUCUCAGACCCACCCCGGCAGUGGCAGCAGAGGAGCAGGCAUGCUCUGUUCAUGUUGAUUCCUGACGCUGGAGUUGGCCUUAAACAAACAGCAAAAUCCAGGCUUAGCCUUAAGCAGCUCAGGGGCUGGUGCCCUGGGGGCUGCAGCCAGCCACUGCGCUUUCUGCACAGGUUAAAGACAGGGCAGUGGUUGAUCCCUCCUCCUCCUUUGUUUCAGCAAAAGUCAAUUAAAUUGUAAUGCUAUUAUGCCAGC